GUCACGAGGUCGUUUGGCAGCAAUUGCAACUUUUUUAGCACGCAAAGGGAGACGUCCAAAGUAUUGCCCCGACAUCGACCUCCUCAAGACUAUUUGGCCAUGAGAGCCAGACGUCGGUGGUCGCAAUUCGCGGCAGUGCUGCUCCUUUACGGAGCGCAUGUGUCAUUCAUGCAGCCUGGCCGUCCUUGCGCGGGCCACCUCGUGGCGCGAAGGGCAAUGCAGCCAGACGAGGACAUGGCCUCCUUGGCACAACGGCAGUUGAAGCUGGCUUUAGACCGCUUGGACGGAGAGCAGCGCCGCUUGGAGAUGGCAUCAGUGCCGCUGGAGAUGGCGCUGGAAGACUUACGAAAUGCAAAACGGGAAAGGGAUGAGCCGAACGUCCAGGAGGCCGAGAAGAAAGUCCAGGAGGCCGAGAAGAAAGUCCAGGAGGCCAAGAAGGAGGUCCAGGAGGCCGAGAAGAAAGUCCAGGAGGCCAAGAUGGACACGCAGGCGGGCUUCGGCUGGGUCGCGGAUGGCAAUGCGACAAUGUUUGCCAACGAGCUGCUGGCGUCUCAGGCGCUGAGUUUGCGUGACAAAAUUCGUUAUCCCAACAUUGACGUGAACCUGGCGGAAGAGCUCGGCAUGCAGAUUUUCCCGCUAUCCCAGUUUUUGAACGCUGAUGAAACCAAACCGUGGCUCUUCGUGCGGAACCAGACCCGCCUGGUGUGGGAGGAGGCAGUGCGUGGUCAUAGGCGUGUUGCGGUGAUCGGGUCCCCGGGCAUCGGCAAAUCGUUUUCCAUCGCCUACCUCCUGCGCCUCCUGAUGAAGGAGCAGAAGACAGUGGUCUUCGAAGCCAGAAAGUGGAAAGCUGUCUACCUCUUCAUGCCGGGCGACGACGGCUCCUACGAGGUGCGGACCAUGGAUUCGACAGAUUGGGCGCCCGGGAAGUGCUCUGAGCUCAAGGACCCCGAGAAUUAUUACGUUGUGGACCCAGACAAAGCUGAAGAUCAGUACAUUUACCCUGCCAGGGCCAGGACCAUCGUGGCACCCUCGCCUGAUCCAAUGCACUUUGGAGAGUGGAAGAAAGACGACCCAUUAUUUUUGUACAUGGCAACAUGGACCUUGCAAGAAGCGCGGUGCGUGCUCAAGUACCUCCGCCCCGACUUCAGCAACAAAGAUGUCGAAGAGCGCUACUACAAGUUCGGGGGUAUUGUUCGGCAUUUGAAGUCUGCGAGGCCCUACCAGAUAGAGAGGGCUCGUGCCGAUGUUUUAGGCAAGACAGAAUUGCUCGAGAGAAUCUGGAGAUCCGGCAUCAUCGACCAAGGUGGGGAGUUAAAGCCGGCGCAUUUACUCUUCCAGAUCAUGCCGGAGAAGGACUUCACCACUUUUGCGGUUGAAUGUGUCAGUAAGGAAGCUGCAGACCUCCUCAUCACGACGUUUGAGGAGAAGGUACAUAGGUAUAUGGCAGCUUUCAAGGAUAUUGACAGAAGUGGGUUCGGCAAGGUUUGGGAGAAGUUUGCUCACCGAGAGCUUUGCCGCGGCCGGAUGCUUUAUGCGAGGCCGGUCGAUGUUGAAGUGCCAAUGUUCGAGGUGGAGUUUUCCAAGCUGGAUCGUCGGCAGGUGGAUGGCAACCUGACGGAUCUUUUCAAACAGGCCAGAAAAUGGCGAAACAAAUACCUGGAACCCAAAGAUCCAUUCAUGCCAUCCAUCGACUCCUGCACUGCUCUCAAGGAGACGUAUGGAGGGUCGAAUCAUGUUUUGGUCGUUUCUUGCAUGCACAUGACGUUACAUGCCAUGUUUGUUUUUGCGUUCCCGUGAAGGACGGCGAGCUGAUUUGCUUCCAGAUCACCACUGCCACACAACACCCACUUGAUGUCAAUUUGUUGGAACUGGCAGCGCGGGAGAGUGGAGUUCACAAGAUCAUUUUGUAUUGGGUCGUUCCCAAGGACGAUUUCCGCGAGUUUGUGCGUCAAGACACUCCCAUUCCCAGCGUGGAGCUGGUGCAGCGUGUGCUGGCAAUUGAUACCCCCACCAACCCUUUCACUCAUAGGGAGAUGGAGAACAGGAUGAGGGAGCCAAACCUUUCGACUCUAACAGAAGAGGACAGGAAGUUUCUGGGCAAUGCCUGCAACGACACAGUCCGCAGGUACAAAGUGAUGAAGACCUUUGACUUCUCGGAUGUCAAGAAGAUGGUCAACGAGGUUCUGCGAAAGGGAGUCAAGAAAGGACGCAACGCAAACGAAGCAUGGAUCCUGAGAGCGGCCGAGGCUUGGGAUGACAUUUUGAACCGCUCAAGGCAUGCCACAAAUGCAGCUUGAGGCGCGAGAUAGGACAAUUGACAGUGUGUGCGGAAAAUGCAUCAACAGUGAGAGAGGGUCUCAACGGCAGGGCUUGCGUUGACAUUCACGCGGGGGUUGUGCCAAGCAGUUCUUGACAGGUCAAGAAACCUUGAGAUGGCCAUCCUUUAGUUUGCCUCAUUCCUGCC